AUGGUCAACGACCAGAUAAAUAACGGAAACAACAAUGGCAAAGGAAAGGGCAGUGGCGAGACCUCCCCGGCUGUAGACUUUGGUGCCGGUGUUGUUGCAGGCGUUGCUGGGCUCGUCGUAGGACAGCCUUUUGACCUAGUCAAGUCUCGGUUCCAAUCCCCCAGCUUCAGCGGACAGUACACGUCUACGUUUGGUGCUCUGAGUGCUAUAUUGAAAGAAGAAAAGUUUAGAGGGCUGUUCAAAGGAGUCAUGUCGCCUAUGACUGAUAUCUUCCAGAUCAACGGCGUGGUGUUCACAUCAUACUCCUUCUUUAUGAAGCUCCAACUGCCUCCGGGAUCACAGCAAGAUCCCAGUCUGGGUCAAAUAUAUCUGGCGGGUACGGGUAGUGGUGUAGUCGCAUCGUUGCUCACAUGCCCCACCGAAUUGAUCAAGAUCCGUCAACAAUCUGCACCCCCAAGCCUCAAGUUGACGACAAUAGGCGUGCUUAAGAGCAUCGUCAGACAAGAUGGGAUACGAGGCAUAUUUCGUGGGCUGUCGGCGACGGCGUUGAGAGAUACAGCAUACGGCCCAUACUUUUUCACGUACGAAGCGACACUACGCUUAUUCAGAUGGAUGAAACGCCCUCCUCUGCCGCCGGCUCACCAUGGCCCGACGCAUGAAGGUUACACUUUGAUUGACGAAGCGGAGAUGGAACUGAAGAGUGGUUUGGGAUGGCCAGAACUGAUGGCUGCAGGAGGUGUUGCCGGUGUCCUUGCUUGGCUUGUCACCUUUCCAGUGGACGUCUUCAAGACACGCAUGCAAGGUUUCACAUGGCCAAAUGUCCUCGACCCGAGUCAGCCCAGACCCAGCCCACCGAGCUUUAGGCAUGUCGCUAGGGACGCGUUGAGGAAAGAAGGAUGGAGGGUCAUGUUUGCCGGCCUUGGACCUACAUUGAUCAGAGCCGUACCAACAAACAUGGUGAUCUUUUUGACGUUUGAGGGAUGCGUGUCUGCGCUUUCGUAG